AUGGCGGACGAAGACAAGGAAAAGGCGGAGAAGCUCGCUGCCGCGAAGAAAAGGUUCGAACAAUUGAAGAAAGAGCAGCAGAAGAAGACGAAGAAAGGCGGCCCCAAAAGGAAGGACGACAAAGCAUCAGACUCCAAGACGGAAGAGGCGGAAGCAGCAGAGGCUAUACGACCUGCAGAAGACGAAACGGCCGUGGAUACGCACGCAGAAGCCCCUGAGGAAGCCUCUCGUCCACCCGCGGCGCGGCAGCCCUCGAUCUCGGAGCAAUCAAGACAGCGAUCCGAGUCGUUUAGGCAUGGCACUACUGUGCCGACAUCGCCCGCUGCCGGGGACGUGCAAGAUUUGUACCGUAAGCAAGCCGCCCGCAUUGAGGAGUUGGAGAAGGAGAAUCAGACUUUCAAGCAACAGCAAGACGAAAGUGCAGCACGCUUGGCGAAGGCGGAGGAUGAGCUCGAAACUUUCGGAGAAGGCAGCAGUCAACUCGCCGAGCUGAGGAGCAAGAGUCAGGAUGUUGAGCGUUUGGAGACGGAAUUGGCCAAUAUGCAACGACAGCUUGCACAGGCGCAGCAGUCCUCAAAGAGCCAUACUAGGCGAGCAUCAGGAGUCACUCCCGACGUGACCGAGCAGCUGGCCAACAAGACAUCAACCAUCGAGUCGCUUGAAUUGGAAAUCAGCAAUCUUCACAACCAGAUCAACGGCUUGCAGAACACUAUCUCCGAGCGAGAGGCAUCCAUCCAAGAAGUGCAAGAUCGCGCUAGCACUGCGGAAACGGCAACAAAGACCGCCCAGCAAGAACUCGACGCGCUGAAAGUGUCCAUCUCUUUCCCCAGCGACGAAACGAAGGCUGCAAACGAAAACCCUGAAGCUCUUACUAAGCGCAUCACCGUUCUGGAGUCGGAUCUCCGCACCGCCAACACGAAUCUCGAGGCCGCGGCGAAACGAGCAACCGGGCUGGAAGCAAAGAUCGAGGCCUUGACCAAACUGCACCGAGACGCCAACACCACGUCCCAGGCCAAAGACCGUGAACUCACGGAGCUCCGCGCGCAACUCCGUCGCCGCGACCGGGCGAGUAACGUGCGCGAUGUAUCCGACUUCGAGCUUGGAGAAGAGGAGACGGAGACAGGCUCCCUGCAUGCGCGCAUCCGCGCCUUGGAGGCGGAAAACUUCGACCUGCGCCGCAACGAAUGGCGCGAGAAACGCGCAGAGCUGCAGCCGGAGAUGGAAGAGCACAACGGGCACGCGGGACUCUACGAGGAUGUCGAUCUCAACAGUCCAUACGGCGGGUCGCGCAAGGGUAGCGCCCCGCGGCAGCAAGCCCACAGCACCUUUCAAGACGUCAUUACCAGCGGCAUUUCCGCCUUCACUGGACGAGCGCGCGAGGCGGCGGCGGCGUCAGCGAGGGGCUACCCGCCGCGGAAACAGAGUCUGGCGCUGCUGAGCGAAGACGGAGACGACGAGUUUGAUCCCGAGGCAUUCCAGUUGGCGCAGGAGGAGGAGGCGAAGCGGCGGAUCGAAAGGGUGAAGGAGGUGAAGAGGGGUCUGGAGAAGUGGCGCGGUUGGCGGGUGGAUCUCACAGAAGCGCGGCAGAAUGCCGUUGCUGCCGGGCGAGAAUAUGCGCCGGUGUUUGGCGUGUGA